GCCUGAAUAAUGAAAGUAACUGAGGUAAUAAUGUUAUUGAUUAACUGUUUUCCGCUAUUAUUGUACAUUAUUUUGUAUUUCAUGUCUUCUGUAGUUAAAUAAUGUCUUUGUAAUGUAAGUUACAACAUGACAACAUAACCUCGACUAACUUGAACAUAAUUUCAAAACUUAUUUGAUAUUGCUUAUCCGCCUUGAAGACCCAAUCAAAUGAUCUUGGCGGUCAACUUCAAAUUACAAGGAGAUGAGGACUCUGGU